UCGUGCGCAUCCCUUUCUUUUUUUUCCCGUCCCUGUUUUUUUUUUCCUGCUCAGCAUCAUUGGCUCCUUCCACAUUUAUCCCCAAUCACCGUACCAAUCUCGCCGCCGCCGGUGUAUUUCCCGGCGAUCUGGUGUCUCCGGUUACUGUUUCUCAUCAACGGAAUCUGUAUUUCUCAAGCUAGGGUUUGUAUCCUCGCGGUCAAGGCCUGAAUCUUAGUUACCAUUUCGAUUUUAGGGUUUCUGUUUUCUUCAUUUUAAGGAUUUAAUCGCCGUUUUCUCGAGAGGACAAGUGUCUCAGUCUGAGUUCUUAUGGUUAUGGAGGUUGCUCACUAGGGUAUUCGAAUCCUCUGUGUUCGUUUCGGCUUUUGGGUCGUCAGGGUUUUCGCUUUUUCUCCUCGCUGUUCAGUGAUUUCCGGGGAUGCCACGGAGUUCAAGGCAUAAAUCGAGCAAACAUAGCUCUAGGGAUGCGAGGGAGUACUCUGAUUCGGAAAAAGAAUCUAGUUUGAGAGAGAGGAAGAGCAAAGACGAGAGUAGCACUAGAGUUUCGAAGGAAUCGGGUUCUGGAGGCAAACGCAAGCUUGAUUCCAAGGAUAAUAAAGAGUACUAUGACUCUUUCAAUGGCGAGUAUUACGAGGAGCACACUUCCUCGAAACGUCGCAAAGAGAAAACAGAAGACGGUCUUAGUGAUAGGUGGAAUGGCGGAGAUGAAGACAGAGAGGGGAGUUCGAAGAAGUCGAAGAGUUCUAGUGAGAAGAGUAGGAGGAGAGAGGAAGUAGAUGGUGAGGAGACGAAGAAAAGUAGUAGUAAGUCUGAUGGGAAACAUAGGGAGUCUAGUCGAAGGGAAAACAGAGAGAUUGAGAAGGAGAAGGAUAGAGACAGAGACCGAAACCGUGAUAGGAAAUAUAAGGAACGGAAAAGUGAGAAGUUGCAUGGUGGUGAAGAUCAUUAUGGGUCCAAGGCGGUGUCUGAUAAAACUGACUUGAAUUCUCAAGAGCAGCUACGAAGUCCAGGGUCAGAGAGUUAUUCUGAGAAGCAAGCAAGGCGAAAGCGGGAUAAUUAUGGUGAUGGUGAUAAGCAUCAAGAUAGCGUUGAUGAUGUAAAUCAGAAGCUUUUGAUUUCAGGAGAUGAUAACGUUAAAGAUGGAAGUCAGAGGGGAGAUAAGAACAAAGAUAAAUGUGAAAAAGACAUUGAAGACGAGAAACAGUGGGGUGCUAAGCAGAAGGAUGACCUACCCCCUAAAGAACACACUAGGUCUGAUGAUAAGCCCUUCGGAGAUGAAAAAGAUGUUUCUGAAAGUAAACGGAAGAAAUCAAAAUUUCAGGAGAACGAUCGUGACCAUGGUCAAGAGUAUGGGCAUGAGCCUGACAGUGAACAUGAUGGAUAUUGUGAUCGUUCUCGUGAUUAUGAACGCAGUCGAGACUAUGAGCGAGGUCGAGGUCGAGACCGUGAGCGAGAUAAGGACCGGGAUCAUGAGCGAGAUAGGGAUCGUGAUCGGGAUAGGGAUAGGGACAGGGAUACAGAACGUGAUCGGGAUAGGGAUAGGGACAGGAACAAGGAACAUGAUCGUGAUCGCCGUGAUUAUGAGCGCGAGCGGGUUCGUGACCGUGAUCGGAGUAGAGUUCGAGACAGGGAUCAUGAUAGGGAAAGGACCCGUGAUGGAGAGAGAGGCCAUAGUCGUGAUUAUUCUUACGAUCAAGAACAAAGCAAUGGUGAACAUGGCAGAGAUUUUGAUGGGGAUGUUCCGCAUUUUGAUAACCAAAGCGGCCAUCGCAAAGAUAGUAGGGAAAAGAGGAGAUCUCCAGAUGAUCACGAUGACCUGAGUGACAACAAAUCUAGGACCCUCGUAGCUCAUGCUGACAUGGAAACUAAAAGUAACAGGGAGCAACCCUCCAGUUCUCACGGGGCUCAAGAUGAUAUCGGGCAUAUUUCGGAUCAGAUAUCGAAAGGAAUCUCUUCCAGGGACGCAGCAGAUCUGUCUGGAGGGUCAGAGAGAGGUUUGAAAUAUAGAGCUUCUGAGAAAACAGUAAAAAUGGAGGAUGGUUCUUUUGGUGAGUUGUCUGUUGAAAGAUCUUCCAGUACAAAAGCUUCACCUCGCUUAAUGGAAAAAUCUCCCUCUUCGACUAGCCUUGAGCGUAGAUACAUAAAUCGAAGUGGUACAAGACGGAGCGUUGAGGUUGAAGAAACAGGCCAGAGGAGUCACACCCGAGAUCUUUCAGCUCAUGAAGAGAGAUUGAGUAGGGACUUACCUUCUGAGAAGUCUUUUGGAGAUUCAUCCCAGGCAGAAUUAUCCUUUGGUUAUAAAGCCCACCUAAACAACUCAUCCUUCCCACCACGUCCUGAAUCUAAGGGUGGAAUGGGCAGCCCUAUAGUGGGCUCGCAUGAAGAGGAUAACAGGGUCAAUAUCGGUGGGCGUUACAAGAGGGGUGGUGAUUUGAAUAUGGGAAGAGGCCAAGGGAAUGCAUGGAGGGGCACUCCAAACUGGCCUUCCCCAGUCCCAAACGGAUUUAUUCCAUUUCCACAUGGUCCACCUCAUGGGGGUUUUCAAUCUAUGAUGCCACAAUUCCCAUCUCCGUCUCUCUUUGGUGUCAGACCUUCAAUGGAAAUGAGUCAUUCUGGAAUACCUUAUCACAUUACUGAUGCCGAGAGGUUCUCUGGUCACCUGCGUCCACUCGGUUGGCAAAAUAUGAUGGAUGGAUCGAGCCCUUCUCACAUGCAUGGGUGGGAUAUGAGUAACGGUAUAUUCAGCAGGGAUGAACCACACAUGUAUGGAGGAGCUGAGUGGGACCAUACCAGACGAAUGCAUAACCGGGGUUGGGAAUCUAGUGCAGAUGCAUGGAAAGCCCAAAAUGGGGAUGCGAGCAUGGAUGUCUCGUCGGUGGCCCAAAAGGACGGGCAGCCAGGACAAACUGCGGAUGACGAUGUUCUUACUGGCCAGACAAAUCACUCUGAACGUAACAGGGCAAAAAGCGUUGAAGGAGCUGGGGCUAAUCUAACAUCACCAUCGAAAGACUUGUCCAUGAAUUCUCCUAACAUUGUGGCCGAUGAGACAAGUGGCCAUCCCAUUGCAGAAUCGGCAGAUAAUGCCGAGUGUUAUGCCCGCUAUUACCUUUCUAAGCUUGAUAUAUCGGUAGAACUUGUCGAUGCUGAGCUGCAUAGCGAGUGCAUGAGCUUAGUAAUGGAUGAAAAAAGUCCAAUAAUUGUCGAUGGAAGUGCUGUGGUUAUAAAUCUUAAGGAUGAAGGAAAAGCGUUGGUGAAGGAUGACUAUGCCACCUUGUCAAUGUUCUCGUUGAUUCCUACCGGAAACAGUUCACUGUUUCAGACGGCUAUGGAGAUGUACAAGGAGCAGAGGGCUGAGAUGAAGGGUCUUCCGGAGGUCGGUCCUCCAUAUAGGGAGAAUGGGAAGGAAGAAGAGGGGAGUUGUACCAGAGCAUCAGACUCACAGGAAGAGAAACUGGGAGGUGAGACAGUAGGCAAACAUGAAAGCAACUCCUCCUCCUCAUCUGAUGGGGCUGUUGCCAAUGCCAUGGAAGCUGGAAAAAGCAGGAAACCCCGCACAGAGGAGAGAAGCCAUAAACAGGAGCAAGUGAAGUCGGAUGAUGGUGGUGGUGGUGGUGAAGGGGAGGAGACAUUAGGUCCUGAUGAAACUCAUGAAUCCCCUGAUGAGUCAGUAAUAAGUCGGAUACAUCCCCAUUGAUACCAAUUUUCUCGUUCCUUGAAACUUUUCCUCUCUCUCCCGUUUUACUCUGAUUUGGCUCCCCAAAAAAAAAAAUUCCUCUUUCUCACCCCUUUUUAUUUGUUCUCCCCUUUGCUCUUUUUUUUAAUGAAAAUCAAACAAAAAAAACAAAUCACGUAAAAAAAAAGGGUUGUUUGGAUC